GACUCUCUGAUGCUAGACAAGAGCCAUAUCUGGAGUACCCAGAAGAUGGAUCAUAUUCUUAUUUGCUGUGUUUGCCUGGGUGAUAACAGUGAAGAUGCAGAUGAAAUAAUACAAUGUGACAACUGCGGAGUAACAGUACAUGAAGGAUGUUAUGGUGUGGAUGGAGAAAGUGAUUCUAUUAUGAGUUCAGCUUCUGAAAACUCUACAGAGCCCUGGUUCUGUGAUGCCUGUAAAUGUGGAGUUUCUCCAAGUUGUGAGCUUUGUCCAAAUCAGGAUGGAAUUUUCAAGGAAACUGAUGCUGGAAGAUGGGUCCAUGUUGUCUGUGCCCUUUAUGUUCCAGGGGUGGCAUUUGGAGAUAUUGAUAAAUUGCGACCUGUAACUCUUACAGAAAUGAACUAUUCUAAAUAUGGAGCCAAGGAAUGCAGUUUCUGUGAGGAUCCUCGUUUUGCUCGAACUGGGGUCUGCAUUAGUUGUGAUGCUGGCAUGUGCAGAGCUUAUUUCCAUGUAACCUGUGCUCAGAGAGAAGGCUUGUUGUCUGAAGCAGCAGCUGAAGAGGAUAUAGCAGAUCCAUUUUUUGCUUACUGCAAGCAGCAUGCAGAUCGAUUUGACAGAAAGUGGAAACGGAAGAACUAUCUUGCCUUACAGUCUUAUUGUAAAAUGUCCCUACAAGAGAGAGAGAAGCAGCUUGCAAGAGAAGCUCAGGGUCGUAUUACUGCCAGACUUCAGCAAUACCGUGCCAAGGCAGAAUUGGCCCGUAACACAAGGCCACAGGCAUGGGUUCCAAGGGAGAAACUUCCACGUCCACUCACAAGCAGUGCCUCAGCCAUACGUAAGCUGAUGCGCAAAGCUGAACUUAUGGGAAUUAGCACUGACAUCUUCCCAGUGGACACCUCAGAUACCAGUUCCAGUGCGGAUGGCAGGAGAAAACAUAAGCAACCAGCCUUGACUGCUGACUUUGUAAAUUAUUACCUUGAAAGAAAUAUGUGUGUGAUUCAAAUACAGGAAAAUAUUGCAGAGCAGAAGAACAUUAAGGAUAAACUAGAAAAUGAGCAAGAAAAACUUCACGUAGAAUAUAACAAGCUUUGUGAAUCCAUAGAAGAAUUGCAAAAUCUGAAUAGUCAGCUACGAGAUGAAGGACAGGCACUCUGGACACUUCUGAGUAAAAUUAUUGCACAGAAACUGAAUAUGCCAGCAGUUUUACGAGCACCUAAGGAAAGGAGACCGAGCAAGAAGGAGGGGGGCACACAGAAAACAUCUGUGCUGCCAGCUGUUCUUUACAGCUGUGGCAUUUGCAAGAAGAAUCAUGAUCAGCAUCUCUUGUUACUUUGUGAUACCUGUAAACUUCAUUAUCAUCUGGGCUGUCUAGAUCCUCCUCUUACAAGAAUGCCAAAGAAGACGAAAAACAGCUACUGGCAGUGCUCCGAAUGUGACCAAGCAGGCAGUAGUGAUAUGGAAGCAGAUAUUGCAAUGGAAACUUUGCCAGAUGGAACCAAGAGGUCAAGAAGGCAGAUUAAGGAGCCUAUAAAGUUUGUUCCACAGGAUUUGACAUUGGAACCCAAAAAGAUUCCAAUUAGAAGCACGAGAACUAGAGGACAAAAACGAAAACGUGAUUUCAUUUUUGAAGAUGAAAAACCUGAGGAAAGGAUUCCAAGGGAAAGAAGGCAGAGACAGCCAGUGCUACAGAAGAAACCAAAGUCAGAUGAUUUAAGGACUGAGUGUGCUACUUGCAAGGGGCCUGGAGACAAUGAAAAUCUUGUCAGGUAG